AUGACUGCAUUACCUAUGGCAAAAGAAGUUAUUGAUUCACACACUUUAAAACAUCUGAGAGGUCAAGGUAGGCUAAACAAGAGACAUGCUCGAUGGACGAAGUUCAUAAAGACAUUUUCAUACAUAAUUCGAUACAGACAAGGUAAAGAAAAUGUGGUAACAAAUGCGUUAUCGAGGAGAUAUGUUUUUUUAACUUCUUUAAUUGCUAAAUUAUUGGGUUUUGAAUAUGUUGAGGACAUGUAUGCAAAUGACUCGGAUUAUUCUAGUAUAUACGAAUCAUGUGAUAUAGGAGCUACAGAUACAUUCUUUAGGCAUGAUGGGGUUAAGAAAACCUUAGAAAUGCGAAGUGAAAAUUUUUAUUUACCUAAGAUGAAAAUUGAUAUUGAUCGAGUUUGUAGUAGGUGCAUUACUUGUAAAAAGUCUAAGUCUAAGAUUUUACCUCAAUGGUUGUAUACAUCAUUACCUGUUACUAGUGAGCCUUAG